CUCUAGAAUAUCAGGGAUGACGGCCAGCACGACAAACUACCUGUGGUCUCUGCAGGACGUCCUCGGUCAGGGGGCUACUGCCAGUGUAUUCAAAGCACGGAACAAGAGGUCCGGUGAGCUGGUAGCUGUCAAGGUGUUCAACAUGAUGAGCUACAACCGCCCUCAUGAGGUCCAGAUGAGAGAGUUUGAGGUGCUGAGGAAGCUCAACCACAGCACUAUUGUCAAGCUGUACGCUGUGGAGGAGCUGCCCUCUAAGCAGAAGGUGCUGGUGAUGGAGUAUUGUUCUGGAGGGAGUUUGCUCAGCCUGCUGGAGGAGCCUGAAAAUGCCUUUGGCCUGCCAGAAACAGAGUUCCUCACUGUACUGGAGUGUGUAGUGCAGGGGAUGAACCACCUGCGUGAAAAUGGAGUGGUACACCGGGACAUUAAGCCGGGUAACAUCAUGAGGCAAGUCGGGGAGGACAGGAAGUCUGUUUACAAGCUGACAGACUUUGGAGCAGCAAGAGAGCUGGAUGAUGAUGAGAAGUUUAUGUCCAUCUAUGGGACUGAAGAGUACCUGCAUCCAGACAUGUAUGAGCGUGCUGUGCUCCGCAAGCAUCAUCAGAAAUCCUAUGGAGUGAAUGUGGACCUGUGGAGUAUUGGUGUGACAUUUUACCAUGCUGCCACUGGGAGUCUUCCCUUCACACCGUAUGAAGGACCCCGCAGGAACAAGCCCACCAUGUACAAAAUAACGACAGAGAAACCAAUGAGUGCAAUAGCAGGGAUUCAGCGUGUGGAGGGAGGACCUAUAGAGUGGAGCUACCACCUACCUCACAGCUGCCAACUGUCCCAGGGUCUGCAGGCGCAGCUAGUUCCAGUAUUAGCAGGUGUACUGGAGGCUGACCAGGAGAGGUGUUGGGGUUUUGACCAGUUCUUCACAGCCACCACAGACAUAUUGCAGCGGCAGACAGUUCACCUCUUCUCUCUGCAGCAGGCCAUGGCUCAUAGUAUCUACAUACACCACUACAAUACAGUGUCUGUCUUCUUUGAGGAGGUGGCAUCUCAGACUGGUAUGGGGGUUCAGCAGCAACAUCUACUGUACCUGGGGCAUGACCUCUCUCUGGAGGGCACCAUGAAGGUCGUCAACCUCCCGCGAACCUCACUUACCCGGCCCCUCAUUCUGCUCAGCUACGAGCCUGAAGCAAACAUCUGCCUGCCUUUCAGAGAACCAGAGACUCCUGUCAUCCCAUCCAGGUUUGAUGUCAUGGCAGACUACAAUUUUUCUAAGGUGAUAGUAGGAGUGGUCCACCAGUAUCUGAGGAUAGUACAGUUGCUGCACACACACCAAGACCUUCUCCUGCAGGGAUACCACAGCUACAUGAUGAGGUUACGCAGGGAGUGUGGAGAAUCCAUUCACAGUAUCGACAAGAUCACCAUUAGGCUGAAGUCCUGCCUCAAUCUACAACACAGAAUUCAAACAAUUGACCAUCACUUUUCAGAAAACCAAGGCUCGGAUGAUCAUAGUCAGAAACUGCAGCUGGUCCAUGAGUACCUGCCCAUAUACACUGGGAGCAUCCAAGAGUUCCAGAAGCGACUGGACCAGCUGCAGAUAGAACAGGCCAAGCUAGCAGAGAACCUGGCCAAUGACAAGAGCUGUCAGAAGAUGGAGAUGCUGCUGCAGAAAAUAACAGCAAUUCAUCAACAUUAUCGCAAAGACAGACUCACUGGCAAGUUGGCAUAUAAUGACGAACAAAUACACAAGUUUGAGAAAAUCCACCUGUCUUCCCACAUUAAGAGAGCGAAAUCUCUCCUGAGAGACGACUGUGUGCAGAGAUACAAGGAGCUUCUGGCCUCAAUAAGGACGUGGAGCAGUGUGUUACUGGAGAUGCAGACCCGACUGCACGACUUCAAAGCUUUCUCCACGGGCUUGCUGACGGAUCUGGACAUGAGUGAAGAGCGCCAGAAUAAGAUUCUGGACAAAGUCCUUUUCAGUCUGCAGUCCAGGAGAGCAGAGCAGCCGCCUGGAACACCCAGGGACCAGAUGGUCUCCAGUAGAAACACAGACUUUGUCAGGACCAAUAGACCUCAUGGGAACCAAAGCCCGGUCCUUAUGAGGAAAAACAUCAUUUCUGAGGAUGCACCUUCUGAAGGAGGAAAUGGAGAUUCUGGUGAGAGAACUACAGUGUAACAACAACAUCAUAGAGAGUUUGGGAGCAGUGAACCCUGCAGCAGGUCUGGAGCCGAGCUUGACCAGACCCUCUACACUUUGACCAAAGUGCAGCAUGUUUGCAUGUAAACUCACAAAUCAGUUUUUUUAUGAGCAGUAAAGGACAAUGUACUGGAAAUCCUUUCAAGGACCGCCUGCAGUUUAUGGUGUAUAUAGAGGAGGCAGCUGAAGAUAAUCAAUAAGAGGGGAAUCUCAAUUUAAAGAUAAGAUGCUUUGAAUGUAGGAAGAGGAAAUGUUAUCGACAGAUUUCUGUCUGUCUGUCUGUCUGACUGUCUGUCUGUCUGUCUGUCUGUCUGUCU